AUAGACUAGAACACCGUCUGGCGGACUCGGAUAGAAAUAAAAAUGACAAUUUACGUUCGAUUAGGUUAUUAACUUCAGCAGAUACAAAAUAGGAUCGAGAGGCGAUUCUUCCUCUUAACCCAUUCGGACAUUAAUUACCAUUUGGAUUAAACCGGAAGUGAACAAUGCCUUUCGUAUCUUCAAGAACGGAAGAGAGAACGAAAAAGCUCCUCCUCCUUUCUUGAAGGGGGAGGAGGAGCGCCGACAACCGGAAGAAACAGAAUUAAGAAAAGACGAACUUUAUCUCGGCGGGGUCCGAAGAUCGAGGUCGAGUCGUCGAUAAUCGUACUCGUCGCUUCCAAGUAGUCCGUAACACCAGGCAAACGUCGUUUCGAAGUGCAAAUGAACAAAGUUGCCAUAUUUUUAUUUCUGUCGGCGGCGAAAGUCUUCAUCUUCUUCUUGGAUUUACUAACUCUUCCUCUUUAUCUUGUUGUACAAAAGCCUUGGAGAAAUUGGACGUGGAAACGACAACAGAAAUGGGCGGCCAUUGUGGACGAACAAAACCCUAGAAGCGCUUACAGGGGGCUAGAUACAUCCGAAAGCUUGCAUACUGAACUCUGUACUCUGGAUGAACUGUUUCGAAAGUGUGUGGAGAAUCACGGGGAUAAGAAGAUGUUAGGAAGUCGAGAGAUAUUGAACGUGGAGAGGACCAAACGAGAAGACGGAAAGAUCUUUAAAAAGAUGAUCCUGGGUGAUUACAAGUGGCUGACUCUGAGGGAAGCCGAUCGCAGAGUGAACGAUCUAGCCUUGGGUUUGAGGAAAAUUGGUCUGAAUCCCGGCGACAGAGUGGUGAUCUUGGCAGAAACCAGGAUAGAAUGGUUGCUAAUUUCUCACGCCUGCUUCCGAACUGGAAUCGUGGUGGCCACCUGUUAUACCAAUCUGGGAGAAGAAGGACUAACGUACGGAAUUAAUCAAGUCGAAUCUCCUUAUUUGAUCACUUACGCCGAACUUCUUCCUACCGUUAAGAAAAUCUUGCCCAAACUUCCAUCUGUUAAAUGCAUUGUUUACUUUGAGGAUUUUGGCGUUCGGGUUUCGGACGAUAUUCCGGAUGUAAAACUUUACAGUUACUCACAAGUAGAAUCUAUGGGACGUGACUGCGAUUGCCAAUUGGUGUCUCCUUCUCCCGAAGACAUCGCUAUUAUAAUGUAUACUAGCGGAUCGACGGAUGCACCCAAAGGUGUGUUGAUAUCUCACAAGUGCUUUAUAAGAAGCUUAAAAACGUAUUCUAAUUCAGCCAAGCCUCUUUUAAAGGAAGACGACUUCUUCUUAGCAUAUUUACCAAUGGCUCAUAUCUACGAGCAGUUAGCGGAGAACUUUUGUUUAGUUAACAAAAUUCCCAUUGGGUAUUCUUCGUCUCUUACUCUAACCGACAAAUCUCCUGGUCUGAAAGCGGGAUGUAAAGGAGACAUUAGUCUCAUUAGACCGACACUUUUACCAGCAGUUCCGUUAAUGUUAGACAGAAUUCGCAAGAAUAUCAACGAAGUGAUGAAUGCAAAAGGUCCUUUGACCGCAUCCGUAUUCGAUUUCUGCGUCAAUUAUAAACAAUUUUGGAAAAAAUUCGGCUUCCAGACUCCUAUUUUAAAUAGAUUACUUUUCAACAACAUCAAACAAUUAAUAGGAGGACGUUUGGAGAUUAUGAGUUCGGGAGGAGCACCACUGUGUCCCGAUACACAAGACUUCGUCGAGACUUGUCUAGAUGUGAAAAUCUGUCAAGGGUACGGAUUAACUGAAACAGUUGGUGUGGCCACUCUCAGCAAAGUGGAAGACUACAGCAAAGGCAGAGUGGGUUCUCCUAUAGGUUCCUGUUUGGUUCGUCUAGUGGACUGGGACGAAGGUGGUUAUUACGUCACCGAUAAACCAUACCCUCGAGGUGAGAUUGUGGUUGGUGGAGAAUGUCUCAGUGCGGGUUACUUCAAGAGAGACGAAUUGACUCGCGAAAGCUUCCGAGAAGAAGAUGGAAUCAGAUGGUUCUAUACGGGUGACAUCGCCGAAGUCCAUCCCGACGGUUGCUUCAAAAUCAUAGAUAGAAAAAAGGAUCUGGUGAAACUGCAAUUCGGAGAGUACGUAUCGUUGGGUAAAGUAGAGAGCAGGCUGAAGACGUGUCCUCUAGUGGAUAACAUCUGUGUCUUCGGCAAUGGUUUUCUAGAUUACGUUGUGGCCCUGAUGGUUCCCAAUAGGGUUCAGUUAGAACUUUUGGCUAAGGAAUUAGGCAAGGAAGGAAUGGACAUUCUUAGCCUUUGCAAAGACAAGAAAGUAAUUCAAGAAGCUACAAAAAUCGUUCAGACACACGGAAAAAACUGUGGUCUGUUGAGUAGAGAAAUUCCUAAAAUUCUAACAUUGUGUUCGGAAGAAUGGUUACCCGAAACGGGGUUCAUCAGUGGAGCGCUGAAAGUUCGUCGGAAAUUUAUUCAAAACUAUUACAAGAAAGCGUUGGAUUCUAUGAUGGGAGACGAUAAGAACACCGGAAAUUUCAAAUCUAUCUGAAUAUCGAUAGAAAAUUCGUUUUAAAUUAGUCUCGAAGUUUCCUGUUUGAAUACUUCGAUAUUAAAUCAAAGUACUUACAAAUAAGUAAUUGUUUCUGUGCAUCAAGACGAUACACUUACAAUAAAUACACAUUCCAUGAAA